AUGGCAACCAACACGACCAAGGACCGGAUCAUCGCCCGCCAACGAAAGCAUAUCCUCGCUCUCGAAGAGCGCUGCAAGAUCAAAGACGACGACGUCGACGAUGACAUUGCUCCCAUCUUCUCCAACACGUCCCAGAACCAGCUCGCCCUUCGCGUCCAAGACCUGACUAACCAAGUCGGCCAUUGGAAAGGUCAAGUGGAAUUCGGUGUUGCCGAAUACACUCAGUCGAUCAACAACGUCACCACCAUCGGCGAGGUCAAUAUCAACAUGGUCGCACCUGACGUCAAACGUCCCAAGUAUGGCAACCACUGUCUGCGUGAGAUGAAGAGGCAGAAUUGCGACCAUGGCAACUGCGACUACUAUCACUCCUACCAGAGUGCACGGUGGGCCCCCAUCCGCCCUUCUCUUCCCGCCAACCAGAAGGCCGAGUUGGGUUCUCAAGUUCUGAGCUCAUCGCAUUGA